UGCUUAGAGAUGACGAUUGAAAGUGGGGAGUGAGAGUAGGUGUUCUUAGUCCUCCAGACUCUUAGCGAGAGCAGGCCUUAAACAGUCUAUGGAGCAGACCUGUGCGUAAUCCAACGAACACUCACGACCAGAAUCAAGCAUUGCUCCUUCGUGACACAUCGCAACAUGUCUUCGUUAGAUGGAAGUCCUUCUAAAAUCCCCACCACCCUACUUGGCACGGUGGUGUUAGGGCUGCAUGCAGACGCCGAUAAGAGCACGGCUAUGGUACGCGCUUAUUUGAAGCGCGGCCACAAUAAACUGGAUUCAGCCUUUAUGUAUGCAGAUGGGCGGUCAGAGACAAUCAUUGGCGCUAUGGGACUUCCCAAGACAGUGAGGCUCUCCACAAAGGCGAACCCGUGGGAAGGGAAGACCCUGAAACCUGAGAGCGUACGAUCCCAGCUCGACACCUCUCUGCACAGGCUACAGACCCAGUGUGUGGACCUCUUCUAUCUUCAUGCACCUGACCACAACACCCCCAUUCGGGAAACCCUGCGGGCCUGCAAUGACCUGCACAAGGAGGGCAAAUACAAGGAGCUGGGUUUGUCUAACUAUGCCUCAUGGGAAGUGGCAGAGAUCUACUGCAUCUGUAAACACAACGGAUGGGUGCUUCCCAAGGUUUAUCAGGGCAUGUACAAUGCCACCACACGGCAAGUGGAGACCGAACUGCUGCCCUGCCUGAGAUACUAUGGCAUUCGUUUCUAUGCCUACAACGCCCUGGCAGGAGGUCUCCUCACAGGGAAGUACCAAUACCAGGACCAGGAAAUCCAGCCCGAGGGGCGCUUUUUUGGGAACAGUUGGGCCAAUGUCUACCGGGACAGGUACUGGAAGAAGAGUCACUUCCAGGGUAUAGACUUGGUGAACAAGGCUCUGGAGGCAGCGUACAGUGCACAGAAGCCCAGUAUGACCUCUGCUGCCAUGCGCUGGAUGUACCACCAUUCCAAGCUCCAGGGGGAGCUUGGUGAUGGUGUCAUCAUUGGUAUGUCCUCCAUGGAGCAGCUGGAGCAGAACCUGUCUGCCACUGAGGAGGGCCCCUUAGAUCCAACUGUGGUACAGGCCUUCAAAGAGGCCUGGGACCUGGUAGCCCAUGAAUGCCCCAACUACUUCCGCUAAAUGCGGUCUGCCAAGCAGACAACGCCCUCCUCUUUUCACAGUCAGUGAAGGGCAAGAGUGGGAAAAGAUAACCAAGAAGGUUAAUAAUCCACCGGAUAAAACAAAAGAUUGAAGAGGUGAUGGGCUUGGGGAGGCGGCUAUAGGAAGAAGUUGGAUGGGGCUUUAUACAUACAUACAACUCAAGGGUAACAAGGGGUUUUUCAUGUGGUAAUCCUGUUAUUGCUUUGUUUCUGAAGACCAUGGUGUGUGCAAAGUUGCUUUUUUAUUUUCUAAAUAAAUAGGAAAAUAAAAUUACGAUUAUUGUC